UAUGGCUGGCCUAUCGAUCGUCGCAGCCAGUAAGCGCCCGGCCACGGCACGCUUCGCCUGUGACCUGUGUUCGCGUUUCGUGUAACUAACCCUACUACACUCGGUAACUAUCACCAGGCCAAUCCAUUUCGAGUACUUUCGGGUCAGCGAGACUGCGAAAACGUUUCUUCAGUUAUAAAAAGUUGAAGACACAGUAAAACAAAAUGGCGGCGUUCGUGGCCAAGCAGAUGGUGGGCAACAAGUUAAGCGCCGUUAAAGGCGCGGUAGGAGGUGACGGAGAUGACAGCGAUGACAAGGAGAAGGAGGAAGAAGCGGAACGCGAGCGGCAGGAGGCCAUCCGCGAGGCGGAGGAGCGGCGCAAGGAGAAACACCGCAAGAUGGAGGAGGAGAGAGAGAAGAUGCGCCAGGAGAUAAGGGACAAGUACAAAAUCCCGAAGAAGGAGGAGGUGGUGGAGCAGCAGCAGCAGGAGCCCGACAACCCCCUCAUGAGGAAGAAGAAGACUCCCGAGGAGCUCGCGGCCGAGGCUGAGCUAGAAGACCAGGAUGAAUUUACUAAAUUGAAAAACACCAUCGAAACGCAAGUUAACGAACUAAAGUCGCAGAUCGAGAGUAAGUGCGUGAUGCAGUGAGCGCGCAGCGCUGGCGCCGGCGACAAGAUGGCCGCACCGCAAUGGCCGCCGCCGCAAGGCGCCACGUUUAUUAUUAUAUUAACCGAAUACAUGAUGUAGCUGUGCUAAGGUCACUGUUACGAUGUCUCACCCAAACACAUCUCCCUCCCGCCCAGGACGAUUUCGUUCGGAUAAUCAUUCGCGCUCAAAUUCGUAGGAGAGAUUCGAAUUCUAAAUUUUUUCGGAACGUAGUUGGCUAGAGGCGCGUUGGUGCUUGAUAAUAAGCAAUAAUAUUUUUAUACAUUCAUAAAAGUUAAUGUGAGCCCUCGAUCAACCGAUAUGUACUUAAAGCGCGUUCCAGCAAGGUCAAAAAGUCAUUGCCGCGGCGGCGCUCGUGCGUAAGCGUGCGUGCCGCGCGCGACCGUGCGUGCGUGCGUGCGCGCGCGUGCACGCCCCGCGUCGCGGCGGCUCGUGUGAAAUGUGAAACAUACCAGUUUUAUAUGUUGACGCUUGUGAUAUAUUGUUAUUUAAGUGUAAAGAGGAAAUAAUAUAAAUACAACUAGACGAAACGGUGUAUUAUUAUUAAAGAGGGAAAUAUAUAAUAUAGGAAGACUUAGCACGCGUGUAGUUCUUUCAAUACUCGACUGUGUUUACGAUACUUCUCUCUCUCUGCCAGCGGCUACAUUGAAAUAACAAUGUAUUAGUCUUUACGAAUAUUUGUUUCAUCCAAAUUCCCCGGCCCCGACGGGCCUGCUACUUGGACUCCUUCGCGACUUGGACUAUCGCCUCGACUCUCUUGCAUGCGUGCUUCUGCAGUGUACUCGGUGUUGUGUCUGUGUAUUCAGUUAGGUGUACCUGUAACUGACCUAGCCUUAUUGUCCACAUCGAACAUAUAGUAGGAACCGCGCGGACCGCCGCCCCUGUCCAUUUUGUUCUGCAUGCCUUUAAUAUAAGAUCGAUGUUCGUUUAGAGUAAUGUAAAGUUGUAGAUAUCAGACCUCCACUUCGCGUUUAUGUUCGCACGCGACGGUCGAACCUAAUGUUUUAUCGAUGUUUUAAUGCUUAGGGAUAUAAUGUUACGUAGUGAGAGCGAAUUCUUCGAGCGAUCUUGCCCUUUGGAGCGACAUGCGAGCGAAGUAGGACCGAGAAUGACACAGAGCCGGUUGUUCGGACAAUUAUCUCCACGUCUAACGCUGCAAAUGCAAAAGAUUUGUUAUCGUCAAAAGCUGUGAUAUAUAAAUAAUAAACAAACGCUAGGCCGACGCCGGCGCCGAGCGGGACACUCGUCUGGUUAGCUUCUUCCACUUCCAUCACGCAUACCGGUCUGUCUUCUGGACUAUCAACUCUUCGCAUCGAUCAGCACAUCAUGUAUUUCCACUGACAGCGUUCAUCUUCUAACAUCACGCUUUAGAUCUAAACUAUCAUUUCUUUCUACUUCCUUUCUGCGUUUGAUUUAAGUACCUAUACUGUAUUCUGGUCAAUUAUAUCCUACCUUCAAUAUCUAUUGCGAAAUCAGAAACUAUUCAAUAUACACACACAUGUAAAUAUUAAAAUACAACAAUAAUUUCUGAUUGUUUAUCGAGAAUGCUACUCUAUUUUCUGAUGUAUAAGAAUCGAUAUUUUCUCGCACUCUACUGCACACAUAUGUAUAUUUUCAUAGCUUGUUUGGAUAGGACCUAAUUUUGAGCACGCAUAGUCAUAGCUCUUGCAACAUGAACAUGAACCAUAUAGUCCCGAUGAAUACAUCUCUCGGACUAGUGAUGGGCACCGCUUCUGGGCUCCCGUCCACUCUUGCAAACAUCACUCUCUAUAAACUAAGGUAUAUCUUUGUAUUUCACGUUGUAUGUGUGACUAGCUUAGGUUUAUCAUCAGACAUCAGAUUUUAUACAACUAAAUUUAAUGUCAGAUAGGGAGUUCCUAUAUCGAUAAACUCUUUUGGUGCGCUCACUGUCUAAUAUCUCAAUUUUGCUGUUAAAAUCGUAUGUCUGUUUAUCAUAUUACAACAGAUAGUUCUAUGUAUGUGCAUGGCAAUCAUAGUUAAAGGUUGUUUGUAGCUAUUCGGAAUAAACAAUAAUAGAUAUAAGAUUCAGUCGAACCUGUCGAUUUUGAUAUCAUUUUGACACGACCAAUGUUCCAAAGUUCACUUCUGAGCUCUCCUGUAUCUUAAUGUUAGUUGCCACUACUAUAUCAAACUAUCGAGUAUAUAUACUAUAUAUAGUUCCCUUGUCUGUGCGUCUAUCUUCGAUCUAAUAGUAGGUAGCUCUAGCCUGUGCCCUUCGUUGUUGAUUCCCGUUUAAGUAGUGUUAGAGUUAGCAGGAGGAUUAUUUUGGUACGUAGACACUUGACUGUCGCUAAUGUCACUAAUAAUGUAAAACUAUUAAAAUCAAAUUAUUUUUCCAUUUUGAUUUGUACUAUUUUACUCUUCAAGAUAGCAUAUGCUCAGGAAAGGACAACCUUGCAAGUCUGGAUGACCUAGGGUUUAUUGAAGUGAGACUUCUUAUGCGAAUUCUAACUCCUCAUUUAAAAAAAACAACACAUUACGAAGUUUUGCUUCUUCCGCGUGGAGAGACUCCGCGCAUUAUUUUUUUUUUAUUCUAAAAAUACUACUGGUUUGAAACCUAGGUCACUUUUUCUUUAGUAUAUGCCAUCGUUUAUAAUGAAAAUAUAGGUCUGACGCGAUUUGCAUGAAGUUAAUAGUUAAGUGUGAGCUCUUGACGUGUGAAUCAGUGUCGUUCUCUCUUCAAUUCGUCUUUUAUUUUCUCUUUUUUUAUAAAUAAAUAUUCUAUGAAAUAUAUUCAAACGGGUCAUGCACAUAUUUUAUGUCGAUAUUUAAAUAUUUCGUUGCAUAAAGAGAAGUUUUUUAACGUUUACGCCAAGCUUACAGGUUGAUGAAAACUGCAGACCGCAGUCGCGUGACGUGUGCUCCCAUUGGAGAAGAUCCUCGUUUAGGACCAAAAUAUGUGACCCGUUUUAAUAUAUUUAGCAAAUCUGUGUCUAACGGAAGUUUAUUUAUUAAAACAAAAUUAUUAUAUUUAACGCUGCGGCUAUCUGUGUGUCUGUAAAAGCUUUCAAUGUUCAAUGUAUAGUUUAUUGUAAUUAGAUUAUAUGCUUAUGCGCAUAUUAUAAAGGAAUUUGGGUGAUAUCAAAUGGUUGUUGCAUUACAAGUAGGUACAAUACGAGGUACCAAGUUGUUGCCUAAGAUUGCAGCGGUGAGGUUAUGUGUUGUUAUAUAACCAGGACCAGUCUGGUUGAGGAUACUAUACUAUUUGUACAUCACUGCAUCGAACGUCUUACCCACUGUCUUUCAACUCGUAGUAACUAAAAACUUACAUACCGAUACAGCACACUCACAGAUACUACUUAUACCGACUCCUUUCUUUUGUAUUAAAAAAUAUAGUGCAUUUAUAAAGAGGUUUAUACAAGGUAGGUGUGUAGAUUAGUAAUAAUUGUACGUUAUUUAUAAAAAAAAAACAAAUUCCUUUUCACGCAUUUUGCUACAUUUAAGGCCCACAUGGAUUUCGACCAACAUAGUUCUCAGCGAUCAGUUGAUAAAAUAGAUUGAUUGAUCUUAUGACUUUCGUACUCAGGGUAAAAUAUAUAUUUACUAUGAAUAAUUAUUGUUGUCUAUUUAUAUAUGUUUUUUUAGAUGAUUUAGGUGGGAGGUAUGACUUUUUGGCCUGCGAAGGCUUUCUGUCCUUGGAAGUGAUAGUUUUCCUGAAUUUAUUCAUGUUCCUACCCUGUGUAGGGUAAUCUUUCACUGUUGUUCUUUCCUUAGAGGAGUUAUGAAAUGGUAGACUUAUACGAUUGAAUACAAACCUUGUUACAAUUUAUUGAUAAAUUAACAUAUUAUAGUUGAAGUAGACUAGAUAGGGUCUGCCACGGGUAUAGACACAUUUCUAACAUUUCACUGUUACUUCGUAUGCCCUGCCCAUUGUAUUAAAGCCAAAGACCUUAUUUCAAACUUUAAAAACUAUUUUAAAUGGCAGGUUUACUUUGGACGGGGUAUAUUUGAAUAUUUUAGCGUAUUUUCCUUCGUAGUCUCUUCAACACACUCUAGUUAAAAUGUUACAAAUGUGUCACCUCUUUGAACACUUUAGGAUCCGGUUGUUUAGUCAUUUGAAACGCGUUUCUAUAUACCAUAGACUAAAUAUUCAAAUGAAAACUCAAUCGGCAGCAUUCUGUGUGUCUAUGGACUGUACUUUCCCUUCUAGCGUACGUCUUUACUGCCAUAGACAAUUUUUCCCUUUAAAAAAGUUUAUCUUUUUUUUUAACAAUGAAGGCCUGGAUGCUAGUCAUUUUAGCCAAGUAUACUUUCAAUUUUUUAAUGAAAAGAAACAUUUAAAUGUCGGUAAAUACACGCUAGAGGGACGUAAUACAAUCUGGGAUACCAUAAACAAAUAGUACUAGAUGAAUUUAGAGACAACGACACAAUCGAACACACACGAGAGCUUCGACACACGCCAAUAUUCUUUUAUCAUAGAUAUAUUAUGUACGUUAUAUGUUCUACGUUACUCGCAGUAUAGAGAGAAUUUUUAAAUGUAAAGAACUGAUUGUAAAAGUGCCACACACAUUACGCGCUUCUUUUAUUCUCUAUAUUGUUUUUUUUUUCAGAUAAAAUGAGGCACAGGUAAAUGGGUGGAUGGUAAACUGCCACAGCGAAAGCUGAUUUAUUAUCUGUAUAGCAAAAUUUUGUCCGCCUAUUUUCCUAUGCACUUAUUUUUUUUAGAAUAGUUAUUCGCCAAGUUCACUGAUAGAAGGUUAGUUUUUAAUAUUAGUGACAACUAGUGUUAAAUCGCAAGUUUACCGUAACUAAAAAAAAGUGUAAAGACAUGUAGUGUGCACUGUACGUCACACACACGUUCACGUAAUCUGUCUAUUCGACUAACAAGUUGUUUUCCUCAAUGCUCCUGCUUACAUGGCGACCUUGCCAGGAUCGCCAGCGAGUAGCGUUGAUGCAAACAACUUGUAGGUUUAACGUAUGAUUUAUUACCUUAACCUACGGAUUAUAUAGAGAGAUUACGUGAAUGUGUGUAUAAAGUACAGUGCACACUACAGACAAAAAAAUCUUUGAUCGACCACGAGUGGUCUGGCAUGUUGUAUUGUUAUAAAACGAUUAAAGAGAGGUUAGUAGUUUAUCCACGAUUACAUUUAACUUAGAGUUAUGGUAAAACGAAAAAGGGGUUAAUAAUAUUGUUGAAAAUGUUUUUAGGUAAUUGAUAAUUGAGCUUUUGUGGAACCGCGUUGUUGAGAAUAAGUUAGGUUUUUUUGCUGUUGGCUGUACAAACUGCCAAUCGUCUCUAUUGUUAAGAUUAUUGGGGACGAACGAUUCUACAUAGGUACACUGUACACUCGAGUUCAUAAAUACGUGUACAGUCAGAAAUACACCUAUGAAUACAGCCAAAGUGCCAAAAGUAUGUACACAGGACUUUAUUGCUUGUACAUUAAGGUAAUGUAUAGGUACAUAUUACUUAGGCUGUAUUCAUAGAUGUGUUGCUGAUAGUACAUGUCUUCACCAUAACUGAUCGCAAUAAGAUGAAAAAAAUUAUACAUAUUUAUAAACUCGAUCGUACAUUUUCAUUUUUCUCUCUCGAUUUUGACACGACACUGGAACAUAAUUUUAAUGUAUUUCAAUCAGAGCUACGUUCCUACGUUUAAUUUGUUUCAAACAUUUGAUUAUUAAUAGAAUUAGGAGCAACAAAAAAAUAUAAAAAAAUCAGUUUUUUGCUCCCAAUUUUUACAAUAAUCCAAAAAUAUCAAACGAAAGGCGUAGCUAUGACUAGAACUACAUUAACAUACAUUAAAUCAUGUUAACCUCCAACCUAUCUGGUGUUUCGGGUGUCCUUGGGAAGCUGUGACCACUUACAAUUUGUCCACUCGUUUGCUUAUCUUACCUAUAAAAAAUUCAACUAUGUCAAUAUCAGGUAAAAGUACCAGUGCUCGACAGUGAACCAGUAAAUCGUCACUACUUUUAAAAAAUCUCGUAUCUCAUGCUGCUUCUCAAAGUUAAAACGCAGUAAGUCUAUAUGCAUUCCAUACAUAUACAUACUUACUACAAUUUUCUUUUCAUUGACAGACGAAGAUACAAGUUUUUUUUUAAGUAGUGACGAGAUGCCAUUUUAAAUCUUAAAUGAUUGUCAAUAAAUGUGACAUAAGGGUGUCUUACUGGGCAUUAAGGUGUCGAGCACUAGUACUUUUACCUUAGGCACUGGUCUCACUAAAAUCGAGUAAGCAAUGAGCAGUCGGCAAUAGACAUAUACAUAACCCGGCAACCUUCAAAUCAAGAGUGAACAGUCAUCUUCUGGGCGAGCGCACUCCAUCGUAGGCCACGUCUUUGCUUUUGGCUAGUCUGUGGCCAAGAGUAAGCCCAUUUAUAAUAAAAAAAAAU